GAGGAAUCAAAGAUGAACUUGGAGCAGGAGAGGCCUUUUGUCUGCAGUGCCCCAGGCUGCUCACAGCGUUUUCCAACAGAGGAUCAUCUGAUGAUUCACAGGCACAAACAUGAAAUGACUUUGAAGUUUCCUUCAAUAAAAACAGAUAAUAUGUUAUCAGAUCAGACUCCUACACCAACACGCUUUCUGAAGAACUGUGAGGAAGUGGGCCUUUUCAACGACAUCGACUGCUCCCUAGAGCACGAGUUUAGGAAGGCACAAGAAGAAGAGAACAACAAAAGGAAUAUCUCCAUGCAUAACACAGUUGGAGGAGCAAUGGCAGGACCUGGAUCUCACCAGCUGACAAAUACAAGGAUGCCAAACCAUGACACCAGUGUUGUGAUUCAACAAGCCAUGCCAUCUCCACAGUCCAGUUCAGUCAUUACACAAGCACCUUCCACAAAUCGACAGAUUGGGCCUGUCCCAGGUUCUCUGUCUUCACUACUGCACCUACACAACCGACAAAGACAGCCUAUGCCUGCCUCUAUGCCUGGCACCCUGCCCAACCCUACCAUGCCUGGAUCUUCUGCUGUACUCAUGCCUAUGGAGCGACAAAUGUCAAUGAACUCCAACAUCAUGGGGAUGCAGGGGCCGAACCUCAAUAAUCCGUGUGCUUCACCUCAAGUCCCCCCGAUGCAUUCAGAAGCCAAAAUGAGACUGAAGGCAGCGCUGACUCAUCAUCCUGCUGCCAUGUCGAAUGGGAAUAUGAACACCAUGGGCCACAUGAUGGAAAUGAUGAGCUCACGGCAGGACCAGACACCACACCAUCAUAUGCACUCACAUCCUCAUCAGCACCAGACACUGCCACCUCAUCACUCAUACCCGCAUCAGCACCAGCACCCGGCGCACCAUCCUCAUCCUCAGCCUCAUCACCAGCAGAAUCAUCCCCACCACCACUCUCACUCGCACCUUCAUGCACACCCAGCACAUCACCAGACCUCGCCGCACCCGCCGCUGCACUCCGGUGGACAAGCACAGGUUUCGCCGGCGGCGCAGCAGAUGCAGCCCACACAGACGAUACAGCCACCACAGCCGACCGGAGGCCGCCGGAGGAGGGUGGUGGACGAAGACCCGGAUGAGAGGAGGCGGAAAUUUCUGGAAAGGAACCGAGCCGCCGCCACGCGCUGCAGACAGAAGAGGAAGGUCUGGGUGAUGUCACUGGAAAAGAAAGCAGAAGAGCUCACCCAGACAAACAUGCAGCUUCAGAACGAGGUUUCAAUGCUGAAAAAUGAGGUAGCACAGCUGAAACAGUUAUUGUUAACACAUAAAGACUGUCCAAUAACAGCUAUGCAGAAAGAAUCGCAAGGAUAUCUAAGUCCCGAGAGCAGUCCUCCCGCAAGCCCGGUCCCAGCUUGCUCCCAGCAGCAAGUCAUCCAACACAACACCAUCACAACCUCCUCCUCUGUCAGCGACGUCGUGGGAAGCUCCACUCUCACCCAGCUCGCCAGCCACAGAACAGACAUCAACCCCAUCCUUUAAAAGUGGUUGAUCAGAAACUGCUAGGGGAGUGUGGUAGCGUAUCAAAGUGUCCUCUGUGCUAAGGAUGUUUGCAACCGUAACUCAAGCCUGGAAGAUUCCUCAGAUCUUGAAAGACUCUGGCUUUCAUUUUUAUAGUUAUUAAAAUGUCUUUUAUACUUAGUUACAUGAAAGGGAGUUAUGCAAUUAAUAUGCUAUCAGCUUGAGAAAUGCUUUGGUGCUUUCUCCAGUUUUUUUGGUACCAGUUACUUGUUUAUAAACCUAACUGUUUCUGUACAUAGUCAUGUUUCCUUCUCACCAAUCAAGCCUGAAGCCUCAGAAACACAGAGUUGUGUUAAACUGCAGCUUGUUAGCCAACGUGAGGCAUGAAAAGUAUUAAACAGAGUCAUAUGUAGGUAACUAGGAGUAAUUAGGCUAUAAAUACAGAGAGAGGGCAUCUGCUGACAGCAUAAUAAAAAAGAGUUAGCGUUGUGCUAUCAGCAGACCCCAUCUUGCAUUCAGAGCCUCUUUCAAAGCAGUUAUAUAGGAUGUGGCUAUCAGGACAAAAUCAAGCCCAAAUAACGAAUUCUUUUGUCUAGACCUCCCCCUUCUCUUCUCGCCCCUAUCCUGGCCUUUUUCUCCUCCAGUUAUUCUCACACCUUCCUUUCCCUUCCCAAAACUUUU